UCUUCAGUUCGCGAUUUUCCAUAUAUUUCCUGCUCUAAUUCCUUGCAAUCUAUUGCUUUUACUUGUUUUUGACAACAUCGGUCAUUUCCAACAUGCAUGUGGAGCUUUCAUAGGUGUGUGUUUUUAAUUAGAGUGUGUGUGCAGAUGCGCGGAACGCGUCGCUCCAGCAGUGCGUCUUCUCUUCUCCACACGCGCGCGCCCCUUUCCUCGCGUGCAGGUGUGACAUUCCUCGGAUACACGAGAUCAUUAGAACCCGAGACCGAAGCAUCAUGACGGACUCCUCUACUGCUGCUGACCCCGCAGCUGCUGCUGGUCCUCCUGAAGAUCCCGGUCCUGAUCCUGGUCCCGGCUCUGUCCCGGAUCCAGCAAACGGACAGCAUACGAACCAAGAUACUUUGGGCAUGGAGCAGCAAAUGAAGAUAGGCGAACCGGAGGAUAACGGUCUCCUAGAGAGCAGCAUGCGUUUGAAACCUCACGAGGCACAGAGUUACAGAAAAAAGGCACUUUGGGUAUCGUGGGUCUCUAUAGUGGUGACGAUAAUAUUGGCCAUCGCAGCAUUCACUGUUUCUAUAAUGCGGCAUAGUGCAUCAUCGUUUGGGUUUGCUUUUGACGCCACCCUUGACGUUCUAUCCUCCAUGAUUGUACUUUGGCGAUACAGUAAUGCCGCGGCUGUCCAUUCAGCACACAGAGAAUACAUAGCUUGUGUUAUCCUCGGGGUUGUGUUUAUCCUGUCGGCCAUCACGAUCCUGGUGAAAGCCAUCCACGAUCUCGCCACAAAGCUGCUACCAGAAGUGGAUGAUUUCCUGUAUAGCGUGUCUGUGAUUAGUGGAGUGGUGUGCGCCAUUCUGUCUGUCUGUAAGUUCAUGCUGGGGAAAGUCCUCACCAGCAGGGCGCUCAUCACCGAUGGCUUUAACUCUUUGGUCGGAGGCGUGAUGGGCUUUUCCAUCCUAAUCAGCGCUGAGGUGUUUAAACAUGAACCUAACGUCUGGUUCCUGGACGGGACCAUUGGUGUUCUGAUUGGACUGGUCAUCCUCGCCUACGGAGUGAAGUUGUUAGUCGACACAGUCCCCCGCGUCAGGCAGACGAGGCAUUACGAGCGUUUUGAGUAGGACUAGACAACUCAGCUCACACACUCUUCUUGAGAUUCUCUUGAGUGGAAACACACACACACACACACACACACUUUUUAUUGCCUCAGGGCAAAUGCUACCACAAAUUCCUCUUGUAAAUAUGGAAAUGAGGGAAAAACUCAGAAAGAAAUAUAUAAAACAUGUUUUAUAGUAUUAUUUAAGCUCUCUGAUAAUGAGCCAUUGGGUCUCUCCAAGUGCGAUGACACAUCUAAGAAUAAGCAACCAAUUUCUGGCUUGUAUCGCUGUCACUUGGACGAACUUUGGAACAAGACUCGCACAGUCUAAAGAAGACUGGCAGCUUUAUUAUAUAAUUUGAUAUUUAAAAACCAGAUUAAUUAUGGAUAGAAAUUACAUGUCUGUACAGGUUUAUCAGGUAAGCCUGACAUAGAUUGUUGUUUUAUCUAUUUUUUUUUUUUUUUUUUUUUACAGUUUCCAUUUAUUGUAACAUCUUUAUAUUAGGCGAUAGUUCACCCAAAAAUUCUAUCAUCAUUUACUCUCCCUCAUGCCAUCCCAGAUGUGUAUGAUUUUCUUUCUUCUGAAGAACACAAAUUAAGAUUUUUAGAAGAAUAUUUCAGCUCUGUAGUUCCAUACAAUGCAUGUGAAUGGUGACCAGAACUUUGACGCUCCAAAAAUCACAAAGGCAGCUU